AUGACCUCGACUGUGCAGUACGUGCCGCUGCACCCGUCCAGUGGCUCGUCCCUGCGCCCCUCGCGCCGGCUCGACGCCGACCUCGCUCGACCCGCCCGCCGACCUUGCACUCGCUUCAGCCUCAAGAACAGCGCGGCAGCGAUCGUCGGCACCCUCUUCCUCGUCGCCAUCGCCGCCUACGUCCGCUCGCCGUCGCGCUCUGAGCGAGAGCUGCGGCUGCUCGAGGUCGGCGUCGAGCCGGACGACAGCUUUGCCGACCUCUGGCGGCUCGCGCAGGACGGCUGGCGGCCGUACACGCCGCAGGAGGGACGGGAGGUGAGGGACGGGGACCUCGUGAGCUGGGCGGAGCGGGUCGAAGCAGGGUGUGCGGACGAGUGGGUCGAGGAGGGACGGCUGUGCGAGCUCGGCGGGAGCGGUCACGAGCAGGUGGACCUCGUGUGGACGUGGACGAACGGGUCGGACCCGCUCCUGCGGCGGUGGCGGGCAGAAGUGACGGGCACGCUCGCGGGACGGGUUAGGCCAGGCGUAGCCAGAGUCCGCGACCGCAAGGCGUCGCACCACUUUCGCGAGCACGACGAGUUGCGGUACUCGUUGCGGUCGGCUGUCCAGGCGUUCGAGCCUCGCGCACUCGGCAAGCUGCACCUCGUCUCGACCGACCUGCCGGCCAACACCCUCCUGAGCGACAUCCUCGACAACGUGCCCGUCGGGAACAUCACGCCGGUCGUCGAGGCCGCACGCGUUGGGCAGGUGCCCUCGUGGCUCAACCGCUCGGCCAUCCCGCGAGAGCAGCUCGAGGUCCACCACCACUCGUCCUUCUUCGAGGACACGGCCGACCUGCCGACCUUCAACUCGCUCAGCAUCGAGUCGCAGCUCCCCAACAUACUCGGCUUGCGCGAGUUCUUCCUGUACCUGAAUGACGACACGUUCCUGAGCGGCACCAUGACUAGCUCGGACGUCGGCGCACCUUUCCUCGGCCCGGUUUUCCGUAUCCAGCGCGACCUGCAGGUCGACGCGCUCGCACCCGGUCUUUUCGGCGUUGGCUCAGACGGCGAGUGGGCGAGCUUGCGACAGGCCAACUGGCUCCUCGACCGCCGUUUCGGCACCCGCUCUCGAGCGUACCUCGCGCACAUCCCCAAGACGUUCUCGACGCCAGUACUUCGCGAGACGAGCCGCAUCUGGCACGACGAGCUGCUCGAGACGUCUACAUCCCGCUUUCGAGGUCGUCGCGCCGAGUACCAGUUGCCGUUCCUCGUGACGCACUACACGAUCGAGGCGCACCGAGAAGCGCUCCUGCACGCCUUCUUCGCCGCCCGCAGCGACCGGGACCUCGACGGCGAGCUCUCGCUCGACGAGCGGCGGCGGCUCCUCGUCGAGCUCGGCUUCGAGCUCGAGCAGCAACAUGACGCGCCGCAGGCCGUGCAGGUGCCCUUGCCUCGGCGGCGACCGUCGAACGACCUUCUCGCGCAGCUCGAACGCGCCGGGAUCCGCCGAGCCGGCGCGACCGAGGUGGCCUUCUCGUCGAGCGACGGUCACGGCAUGAUUCGUCGCGAGGAGCAGGUCGGGCGUGGGCGCCGCUCGACGCUCGUCCGCCCCGUGCUCGCCGUCAACGCGUCGGCCGAGGAGGCGGCGCAGCCGAUGUGCAGCAUCGACUUGUCGACGUGCUUCGGCGCCGACUUUCUCUCGUCGUCGACACCGCGCAAGACGAUCGAGGUCCUGCGGCGAGCGGCGUACGAGGUCCCGGCGUGCGGCGACUGCAUCGUCCUCGCCCUCGUCGGCAAGAGCGGCUCGUCGGGCCUCUCGGCCUUCCUUCCCUCGUGUCCACCCUCUUCCUCGCCGCCUUCGUCCUCACCACCUACCCCUAUCGCCCUCUUCUCGCUCGCCAAACGCUUCGUCGACGUCGCCCUCGUCGUCGACGCACGUACACCCUCUGCGCCGACCUGCGCCUCGGCCCGAGGACUUGCCGUGCGGCGCAUCCUCCGCUACUCGUACACGCUCGGCGAGUCGAGCUCUCAGUUCGUCGGCAUGCGGCAGGCCCUCCCCGUGCCGCUCCUGCUGCGCCGACCAGGCUGGGUCACCGAGACGUCGCUCCCGGCCUUUCUCACUCUCAACGACGACUUUGCGACGCCCGAGGUCUCGCGACACGCCGACGAGCACCUGCAUCGCUGGUUCGAGCAGACUUGGCCGACCCCGUCUGCGUUUGAGAAGGUCGCUCUCGCUCGGACCCGGACGUAGAAGAGCUCGAAGUGGAUGGGCUGCAAACGAGAAGAGCUACAACAGUGCCACAGGGGGAGGGACAGCGAGGGGAUAUCGAGAGAAAGGGAGAAGAGAGGAGAGAGGAGAAGGGUCUGUACAAGAGAAGGGGAACGACCGAGGUGCAUUAAGAGGGGUGCGAGAGUUGGGGAAAGAAGGAGAGACAGCUCGUGCGUCUAGUCGAUCUGGAUGGGGCUCGGCAUCUGGGCGAGUGUGGGCGCGCCCUUGCGUCGGCCGAGGAGCGUCGCCUUGUCGAGCGCGAGCUCGAACCCGGUCCGCCGUCCACGAGCGCCGCCGUCGCCACCGCUCUUGCCGCCGCGAUCGCGAGGACCCGCACGGCCGUCGUACAGCGCCGCCUCGGCCUGUCGCCGGUCGGCGCCGCCCCAGCCCUGGUAGUUCUGCGCGGCGCGCUGCUGCUCCUCGGCCGUCUGCGCCGGCUCGCGUCGCCGGGACGGGUCCUGCGCCGCGCGACGCUUCUCCUCGAUGGCGCGGCUCACCUCGGCGCCGUACCGGCGCUUGGUCGCCUCGAGGUCGGCCUCCUCGGCCUCGUCCUCGUCCGCCUCGUUGAGGCCCUGGAGGAAGCCGGCGCGGCCGGUGCCGCCCGGGACGGCGCGUUGGCGCUUGCCCUCCUCCUCCAUGCGGUGGACGGC